AUAUGGCGCACAAGUUGACAAAGCUUUGACAGUUUUCGACUUGAUAAUAUUUUGUUGGACUUAUGAUUUAUUUUAUAUGACAAUGUUUACACUACCAAAUUUCUGUCGCGUUUGCCUGAAGUACGAUAAAAGCCUGAUUGAUUUGGCGCACAUCGAGAACGAACCGAGCGAAACAUUGUUAAGUAAAUUGCAGUUUUGUGUGUCUGAAGUGGAGUGGAACGUAUUCAAGCCUUUGCUGUGCCAUCCGUGCAUUAAACGACUGAACAUCGCAUACGGCUUUAAAAAACAAUGUGUACAAUCCUCGAACGUUUUGAAAAAUUACGCUCAGAUAGUGAAAGACAAUCAGAAAAAGAACGAAUCUCCAAACAAACCAACGGAAAACGUGCAACAAAUCCCCUGUAUGAUCCUACCUAAUCAGAAAUUUGUAAAAAUAUUAGUGAAUACACAAAAUCAGACCGGAGGUGCAAACUCAUUUCAAAACGUUUUUUUAAACCUAAUCCCCACAACCAAUUUGACCAACGCAACAACCCCAACAAUAACAGACACGACCACCAAAACCAAGGACACAAAUCAAAACGUCUUUCUGAACAUCAACAACACAUUUCAGAAGUUCGUUCCCAUCGCCCCAAACGACGGCACGAAAAAGGACCUAAACAAAACCGUCAACCAACUCCUAACCGAAUCGAAAACGGAAGAACUGAGCGUUGAAUUGGACCCGUUGGACUUCACAUUGGACGAAAGCGAGGACCGAAACGAGUUGGACGAGGGACAGCAGGACUGGGACGAGCUGAUAUCCCCGUCGAAAAUCGACUCGAAACGACCGGAAAACGGCGUCAACGGCAACAAACCUCUCCUACUCAAACACAACAAUUAUGUUCCUAUACUCCCGAAACAGGACGAGUUCUCGAGCUCGGGCCAGCACUUCCUGUCGCCCGCGUUCGAGAGUUCAGGCGGCGAGUUCGCGUGCGAACGCUGUAAGAAAACCUUCCACUCGAUGGUCCGACUGCGGAACCACAUCAAACUGCUGCACAUGGAGAAGAUGCCGUUCAAGUGCGACGUGUGCUCCGCCGAAUACUUUCUGCGGUCCGACUACGAGAACUGCCUGAAGCGCCACGGCGCGCCUGCGCAGUCGCUCACCCUCCAAGACUUCCCGAGUCCCGCGCCCGACAUCACCGAUGAGGAGCUCAAGCCCACCGAGUCCGGCGAGUACGUCUGUGAUAUUUGCAAGAGGCUGUUCAACAGCUCGACCGGCCUGCUCAGACACAAGGUGCGCAAACACAACCAGAAGAACAAGAAGAAAUACUUCAUCAAGGGGGUGAAGAACGCGCGGUGCGACAUAUGCAACCGCGAGUUCUCCACGCAGUCGUACAUGCAGCUGCACAGGAAGCUGCACCUGCGCGACGACAUCGGGUACAAGUACAAGGUGUUCGGGCGGAGUAAGUACGGGGCGACGAAGAAGGACGAGGAGCCGAACAAGGAGGGGGACAAGGAGUCGGAGGCGAUCGACGUCACGCCCGACAUCGUGCUCAAGCCUGAGGAGGAGAGCGACGAGGAGGGGGAGACGAAGCCGGACAUUAAAAUGGAAUAUGAAAGUGAUGCGGAGGAGAAGAACGAGAACGAGAACGAUAACGAUGACGACUCGGACGAGGGAGGUCUGAAAAUGGAUCUGCAAAACGGCGAACAGUCGGACGAGACCAACGAAAAGGAUCCGGACGAGGAGAUGAGUGAGGAGAAUUAGUGCAGACACAAGGUGAGACAUUUUUAUUUUUGUUUGACGUACGGUUCAACGUCCAAAUCGAAAGGUCAUGUUUUUCUGUUUUGUUAUGUUAUAUAUUUAUUUAUGGUGAAAAUUUUUCGUACUUUAUAUAAAUUUUAUUGUGUUAUAUUUUUAUUAAAUUGAAAACUUGUAAACCGUUGGUUUGGACGAAAAAAAUUGUGGAACAAAAAAGAAACAAUUGAUAUAUGAUUAUUUGCACCAUUGUUAUUGACUCUCUGCCCAUUUUUCGCCCUGAUUGUUUGUAACUUCACGUUUUUUAGACUUAGGUUUUUAUUCCCAUUAUUUUUCGUUUACAUUAAAGUUUAAUGUUAAGCUUUUAUAUACCUACUGUUAGAAAUAAGACUUAUUCAUCUCAUCAUCAGUAAUGUACAUAUUUUAUAAAAAGCACCUUUUAUCAUACGAAAUGAGCAGGAGGACUUUUUUAUUGUGAAUAUAUAUUUUUCUAUUUUUUAUGGAGUUUAGUCUAUAUUUAAGACUCGUUUUAUAUAUGUGUAAUAUUUAUAUAUUUUAUAUAUCAUUGUAUUUUUAAUUAUUUUUAAUUUUCAUUUUAAAAAAUGCAAUAUUAGUAAUUUUAGUUAUUUUUAUAUUGAUGUAAUCAAGAAAAUUAUUUAGACCUGCUUAUUUCCCUCAUGUUGCUUUCUCUCAUCAAAUCUUAGAAAGUCGAACAAGCGCGAUUUAUUUUGAACUGACUAUGUAAUAAUAUUUGUAAAAAAACAUACCAAAUAUCUUUGAAUUAGUGAAAACAAACUACUACUUUAGGAAGUCAAGUAAUUAAUAGCUUUAAAACGGUGACUCGAAAUCUAACUUGAAAAUUGGCUCUAAUUUUUUUCAUAAUGAAAUUUUCGGAAAUUAUUUUUUGUCACAUUGACAUACGUCAAAAAAGGUUUGGACCUUUGUUAAAGAUUUCCUCGAAUUGUUUUUAGGUACAAACUUGUUUUUUAUCGAAUUUUCAAGUUAGAUGCGUUUAAUUUUGAAAAUAAUAUAUUAACUUACCACCCACUGUGGCAUGUUACGUGCCAUUCUGAGACGGGUGGAAGGAUUGGAAAUGGCCAUAGGCCUCCAUUUGUUGUCUUUAUUCUGAAACAGGAAAUUGUAAUAAUUAAGAUCACUACCUUUUAUUUAUAUCCAUAAUAUCAGUUGUAUUUUAUAUUAUUCACAAUAAAUAUUUUUUGAAAAACAA